CUGAGCGUGUGUUGGUCUGGGAGGACAGUGGGUGGUACUUAGAGCUGCAACAGGAGAUGUAGAUCAGUCUUCUGUAAUGAAUCGAGGUGGAAAGAUGAAGCUCCUACUGAGAAGUCUCCUUCUUAGUUCUCUCUGCGCGCUCUCAUCAUGGAGUGUUUCUUCAGAUGCACUUGUUGUCACUCAGAGUCCUGAUGUUUCUGUCCAAGAAGGAGAGACAGGAAACAUCACCUGCUGCUGGGAAGGAACAGCUGAAAGAGUUGGCAUUAAAUGGUUGAAAAAUCAAACAUUAAUAAAUAAUAAGACUGUCUUAAUUCAGUCUACAGGCUCUAAGAAUGAGCAGAAAAGUAAGUGUUCAGUUCUGAUAAUAGAAAACAUGAUAAGAAGUGAUUCAGGAAGAUACAUCUGCAAGGUUACUGUGGAGAUACCACUUUUAGCUAUAGCUGAAGGAAAAGGAACGACCAUCACUGUUACAUCCAGAAAGAACAUCACUGAUAGCACAACUAAAGAUCAAAAAGAAAAUCUGCCACAACCUGUAAUCAUUGCCAUGGGUGUCGUGGUCCCGCUCUUCCUCAUCACUCUCAUCUGUUUCUGCUGUCUGCGAAAGAAGGAAGGACAAGCGGCCAGGGUGAUCUAUGAAGUUCCACACACUGACUCUGUCGAAGCAGAUAUGGACAAAAGCAGCACCAGUUCUUCCAGAGGAUCAACUCAGUGGUGUGAAGUGGCCAUGUAUGAUUCCUUGGAUUACUUCGAGCGAGUGGAGCCCAAAAGAACUAAAUAGAAUCUCAUCCGACUCGUUCCUACUUGUAAUUUUGUAAAUACUGUAUGUUUCUAUAUCUGAGUAACAGAAGUCAUUUUAUGCGUGUAAAUAUUUCACAUUUUCAUAUAAACAAUUUCUUAUUCAA